CCUUUUUUUUUAAUUAUAUUUUAUCUGUUAAGUAGAUAAUGGAUGAAUUAGAAGAGAAUUAUAUAGCAUCAAUGGUCCUAGCUGGUGUAGGUGAUGCAAUAGGGUAUAAAUGUGGUAAAUGGGAGUUUUGCUUUGAUGGUGUAAAAAUUCACGAUGAACUUUCUAUUCUUGGUGGUAUUGAGAAUCUUAAUGUUAAAAAGCCAGGCUUUAUUGUUAGUGAUGAUACAGUACUUUUGCUUUCAACAGCUGAGGCUCUUAUUGAAAAAAGUAAUAGUGAUAUUGAGAUGCUUUAUAAAGAAUUAGCAUUUCGAUAUAAACAUGAUUUUGCUAAUGAUAUGAAAGAUCGAGCAGGUGGAAUUACAACUAGUAUGGCUUGUUCAAACUUGAAACCAAAUAUUUCAAAAGGAUGGUAUGUUCCUUUUAACAAAAGAGGUGGUGGAUGUGGAGCAGCUAUGCGUUCAAUGUGUAUUGGGUUGCGAUACCCAAACAUUUAUGAUGUAAAAUGUUUAGAAAAGUUAAUAACAAUAAGUGUAGAAAGUGGGAGAAUGACUCACAAUCAUCCAACUGGAUUCUUAGGGUCAUUUGCAGCAGCUUUGUUUGGUGCAUUAUCAGUAGUGAAAUAUCCUUUAAAUAAAUGGGGUUGUUUAUUAAUAGAACUUUUGCCUAAAGUUUUUCAUUAUAUUGAAUCAGAAGGAAGAGAUGUUAAUGAAAACAAGAAUUCUUGGAGUUAUUUUGAACAUAGUUGGAAAAGUUAUUUAGAAAAAAGGAAUAUUUUAAAUGGUAAAAAUAUGCCUUUGUUUCCUGAAAAUUUUGAUGUCAAAGAAAGAGAUAUUUUUUACAAGUCACUCAGUUUUUCUGGUUGGGGUGGUUCAAGUGGACAUGAUGCACCCAUGAUUGCUUAUGAUGCUUUAUUAGCUGGAAAUGGCAAUUGGACCAAACUUUGUCACCAUGGCAUGCUUCAUGGUGGUGAUAAUGAUUCAACUGGUGUGAUUGCAGGGUUUUGUUAUGGUGCUUUAUUUGGAUUUUCUGGCGUUCCAAUAUGUAACUAUAAUGAUGUUGAAUACAAAGAUAGACUCGAGUAUGCUGGUAAAAAAUUGUAUGAGCUGGCUAAAAAUGAUGGCUUUUUAAAGUUUAAUACUGAUGAAGAGAUUCCCAUUAGCAAGUUGUUCAAAAAUAACAACUUGGAAUCCAAAAACUCCAUAGUUUUAAAAUAGCUUGCUUUUUUUAACAUUUCUUUUUUAAACAAAAGUUUUUUUCAAAUUUUUUAAAAAUCAUCAUAUUUAUAUAAUUUGGUAAUUGUUUUCAAAAUCCUUUAAACACACUUUUUUAGAUAAUCUUUUGAAUAAUAUAUUUUUAAAAUCUUGAUUAUUAUUUUUUGUACUUUUGCUUAUCCUCUGCAGAGAGAAUGGAAAGAUGGUUAAAAUUAAGAAGGCAAAAUUGUUUUCUAAAAAUGAGAAGUUAAAGAAAUCAGUGAAGAUACCUACACAAGAAAAAAAUCAUGUUGGAGCAUUAUCAAAAAAGAAGAAAAGAGAAAUUAAAAAAAAAGAUUUUUUAUCAAAAUUAGUUGCAUCUCAUGAAACAAAAUGUAAAACUAAAAGAGCUCAGAUUCGUGCGCAAACUGUCAUAGUUGGUGAUUUGGAUCCACUCCUAGAUGCUCUGUCUGAUAUAAAGCCAACUGAAAAAAAAGCAGAAAUAAAAAUAAAACCUUUAACUGAGCGUAAGAAAAAGAUAUCUUCUGAAAAAAAGAGGAUGCAGUCAGACUUUAACGAUAUAACCUUGUUUCAUCAAAUCUUUUCUCAACCGACAUUUAAACAAGAUCCUCUUACUGUUGUUAAUGAUCACAUCAAAGGUUUAGUGUGAAAUGUCUUUAUACCUUGUUUAGUUUUUGUAUCUUGUAAUAAAAUUUAAUGAAUAGGAAUAUUUAACGAUUUUUACAA